UGUUUCCUCUGCCACUGUCUUCUUUUGUUUCGCUUCAUCUCACCGGCUCAAGAGGAAGAGGCCAAAGGGGGAGAACCCUGCGAGGGAUUGGUGGGAGAGAGAGGGAAUAUGGGAGGGUGCUUUCCCUGCACCGGAGAGCCGAAGACGGACGACGAGGAUCCGCCCGACCUUCCGACAGCAGAUAAAUCAAAAUCCAAUCUCUCGUUCGAUGUUAAGAAAGAAACCUUAAUGAAUGAUAAGAAAGAGCUGUCAAGUAGUGGAUCAGGAUGCAUUGCUGCGCAGACAUUUACAUUUCGGGAACUGGCUGCAGCAACAAAGAAUUUUAGAGCCGAUUGCCUUCUGGGAGAAGGGGGAUUUGGUCGAGUUUACAAGGGAAGAUUAGAAAGUAGCAACCAGAUUGUGGCUAUAAAGCAGCUUGAUCGGAAUGGCUUGCAAGGAAACAGGGAAUUUCUUGUUGAGGUUCUUAUGUUGAGCCUACUUCACCAUCCUAACCUUGUCAGCCUGAUCGGCUAUUGUGCAGAUGGAGAUCAAAGGCUUUUGGUUUAUGAAUAUAUGCCAUUAGGAUCACUGGAAGACCAUCUUCACGACCUUUCCCCAGAUAAGAAGCGGCUUGACUGGAAUACACGAAUGAAAAUAGCAGCUGGUGCAGCGAAAGGAUUAGAGUAUCUACAUGAUAAAGCCAGUCCUCCUGUUAUAUACCGUGAUUUAAAAUGCUCUAACAUUUUGCUUGAUGAGGGUUAUCAUCCCAAGUUGUCUGAUUUUGGCUUGGCUAAGCUUGGUCCUGUAGGUGAUAACACACAUGUAUCCACUAGGGUGAUGGGUACAUAUGGAUAUUGUGCACCUGAAUAUGCAAUGACAGGACAGUUGACACUAAAAUCAGAUAUUUAUAGCUUUGGAGUUGUUCUUUUAGAGCUUAUCACUGGAAGAAGGGCGAUUGACAAUUCUAGAGCUGCAGGAGAGCACAAUCUUGUUGCAUGGGCACGACCAUUGUUCAAAGACAGAAGAAAAUUCUCACAGGUGGCUGAUCCAGUGCUUCAGGGUCAGUAUCCUCCAAGGGGUUUAUAUCAGGCGCUUGCAGUUGCUGCAAUGUGUGUGCAGGAGCAACCAGCUAUGCGGCCCCUAAUAGCCGACGUCGUUACAGCUCUUACAUACCUUGCUUCACAAACUUACAACCCCGACAACCAACUGAGUCAGAGCACCUCUCGCUUGGCCACACCGGGAACACCCCCUCGAACAAGAAGGGACAUCGAGAGGAAGUCAGGAUAUUGAGAACAGCCAGUGGAAGAACCUAAUGAGUAUAAAUGAGUCCAUGUGACACUCUUCCAGGAGCUAAUGGUGAGUGCCUACAUCUUGCAGCAGAAUGUACAUUUUUUGUGGUCUCUUGGCUGGUUCCUUGAUGACCGAUGUCAAUUCUCGAUUUGCCAGGUUGGCCUUGCUCGAUUCAGGACUAAGUUAAUUUUGGGGAAUUAGAUUCUUUUGUUGUGGUAUAUGUAGUUUUGUGUCCUUGUAUCUAAGUGCAUGUACCAGACGGCAAGUCUCUUGAUAUUUCUUAUUGUCUUGCUUAAGAAUUUAGCAAAUUGUGUUGUUCCCAGUGCCUUCAUAUA